CAUUAUUUAUUUUUAUUUUUACCUUUAUUUUAAAUUGUUUUGCAUUUCUAAUCCGAGGAAAUAGAACAUAUUAUAUGGGUUUGUACAGACCUUUGAAAGGGACACUUUAUAAAAUGUUUUAUUACGGAUAAAGUACCUCUUCUUGACAUAUUAAGGGAAUUGUCUCACAUAGCUGCCUCAAAGGCUGUUCCUGGCCCUGUAGAUGUCUGGGUAUGUGCAUACAUCGACAAACAUUCUGCUUCAUUUACAGGAAAAUAAAGGGUUUAUGCAUAUAAAUGUGCAGACAGCCAGAGAUAACCUUGGAAGUAGCUGCACAAGCCUUUCAAACGAUGUGGUUGCUUGAGUGCUUUGCAUUACUCUAAUCUCUCCAUAGCAUUUACUAACAAGCAAAACAACUCUUUGAAACGUACAGGAUGAGAAUUUAUACAUUAGCCAUUUUUUAAAACUUUUGCCUAAUCUAAGCAUGCAAUAGAUAAACAGUGAAUGCUUUGGAGGUUUCAAUAAAGCCUAGGGUCAGUAUCAUUGCUGCAUUAGGACUUUAAAUAUUUUUUCUGACUUUAAUAAUUAGUGUAAACUUUUGGGCUCUGAUAUUGACACCUGAUUAUCAAAAGCAUAAACAUGAUUGUGAUACCUGGAGUUCAGUCUAUUGCUACCAUAGUGGGAAAAUACUAGAAAGCAUUUGCAGAGCUUCGUCUUGUUUUCUUAAUCUACCCAUGGUUCUCUGAGGAGUCUUCUUUAACAUCAGAGUUCAAAAGCAUCAAUAGACUCCCUAUCCUGCUUUUUCAAAUCCAAGUUGCACUUUUAUAGAGUGUCACAGGGAAUACCAUGGUUAGUAUAAUUCUGAUCUUUUGGGUAUACUUAUAGCAUUUGAAUAUCUUUUCCAAAGCUUUCAUGGGUAUUUUACUAAGUGCUAGUCUGUGGUGUAUUUCUUGACUCCUUGUUCCCGUAUUGCUGAUGGUUAAUCCUAAAUGGGAGAAUAGAAUAGAAUAGAAUAGAAUAGAAUAGAAUAGAAUAGAAUAGAAUAGAAUAGAAUAGAAUAGAAUAGAAUAGAAUUUUUUAUUGGCCAAGUGUGAUUGGACACACAAGGAAUUUGUCUUGGUGCAUAUGCUCUCAGUGUACAUAAAAGAAAAGAUACAUUCAUCAAGGUACAACAUUUACAACACAAAUGAUGGUCAAUAUAUCAAUAUAAAUCAUAAGGAUUGCCAGCAACAAAGUUACAGUCAUACAGUCAUAAGUGGAAAGAGAUUGGUGAUGGGAACUAUGAGAAGAUUAAUAGUAGUGCAGAUUUAGUAAAUAGUUUGACAGUGUUGAGAGAAUUAUUUGUUUAGCAGAGUGAUGGCCUUUGGGAAAAAACUGUUCUUGUUUGUUCUGGUGUGCAGUAUAACAGAAUAACAGAUUUGAAAGGUUUCUUGGAGGUCUCCUAGAUCAAUCCCCUGCUCAAGCAGGAAACCCUAUACCAUUUCAGACAAAUGGUUGUCUAACCUCUUCUUAAAAACCUCCAGUAUUGGAGCAUCCACAACUUCUAGAAGAAAGCUGUUCCACUGAUUAAUUAUUCUGUCAGGAAAUUUCUCCUUUCUCCUGUUAUAGGUUGGGUCUCUCCUUGAUUAGUUUCCAUCCAAAGAAGAUAUCCAGCACUUUGAUACCUUCAUUGCCAAUUCUGAAGCUGGUUGUUCUAGCUGUUAUCAUUAGUUUGGCUUUGUUAUGUUCAAUUUUACUUUCAUUUUUUCACUUUCUUCUUCAACUUUGCAGAUUUGCAGUUUGCAGAGCCUUUGCAUUUUCAACCAUCAGGGUAGUGUCAUCAGCAUAGAGCAGGUUAUCGAUGUUUCUCCCUUCAGUUUUUCAUCUUUUUCCAAUCCAGUUUUCCUUAAUAUAUAUUCAGCAUAUAAAAUGAAUAAAUAAGGGGAAAAUGCAGCCUUGUUGUACUCCUUUGCCAACCUGGAGCCAAUCUGUUUCGCUUAAUUCUGUCCAUACUAUGGCUUCUCAUGAGGACAAUGAGAUGUUCUGGGAUUCUAGCUUGAACAUCUGAGAUUUCUUUUUUUCCCCAUGUAGAGUUCCAAUUUGCAUUGGAUGAUCCUAAGCAUUAUUUUCCUAGCAUUUCCUAGCAAUUAAAGUUAUUGUACGAUAUAUCAACAAAGAUUCUCAGUCAUCCAGGUAGAGUUAUCUGGAAGUUGAGUCAUGACAAUUAUACUUAUGAUGGUUGAAGUGUCCCAGAGUCACAUGAUCACCUUUUGUAACUUUGUGACAAGCCAAGUCCAUGGGGAAGCCAAAUUCACUUAACUUCUGUGGCAAGAAAGGUUGUAAAAUGGGACAAAACUCACUUAAUAACUGUCUUGCUUAGGAAUGAAAUUUCUGAGUUCAGUUGUGGUUAUAAGCAGAGAACUACCUGAAUAUGUUAACCAAUGAUAGACACAUCCUUAUGACUCCAACUCUUCUUUAAAUUUAAGAUUAGAUUCACCUUGAAUGAAAGUUAUUAUUUGACCAUAAUUCCACCAAUCUGGGCUCACCGUUGUUUCUUUUCUGAAAAAAGCUUCCUGAGAGGUCAUUCAAGAAGUACCUUCUGUAAUGUAUUUGAAUUUCAGGAGGGAAAUUUGGGCGGGAAAAUGCACGUUGCUGAUUGGCUGAUGUCUCAGCCAAAUUACUAUUUAAAGAGGGGUUUUUGCCUGUUGGUUUUUGCUGGGAUCACAAUAAACUAAAGAGCUGUUGUCACUUGUAUUGUCUCCUGCCUCUUCAUUGCCCGAACUUAACAUUGGCGACGAGGAUGGGAUUUUGAAGGCAGUGAGACUAGGAAAAGAGCUGAAGGAGCAACUUAGUUUCAAACCCAGCCAGUCAUCCAGAGCGGAUACAUAGCGAUGUCUAGCUAUACACCGCCAGCGCCAUUCGACCCAGCCAAGGAGAAAUGGGGGUCGUACAUGGCUCGUUUCGAGUGUUUCCUCGAAGCUAACGAACUGCAAGGAGUAUUGGAUAAUCGGAAGCGCGCUUACUUCCUGAGCCACUGUGGGCCAGAAGUCUUCAAUACCGCCAAAUCGCUGUCGGAACCAACGCCUGUAGAGUCGGUGCCAUGGACAGUGCUACAGACGACGCUAGGAGCACACUACGCGCCGGUGCCGUCGAAGUUUGUGCAAUGGUUCAAAUUAAGGCAAAGAGUUCAGCGGGAGGGCGAAUCGAUAAGCGUGUACAUGGCCGCAUUAAGGAAAGCCGCAACCCACUGUGAGUAUAGAGACUUGGAGGACACUUUAUUAGAACAACUUAUUUGUGGGGUCAGGGACAUCCGACUACAGAGGCGGCUGCUGUUGAAAAGUAACCUAACCCUGGCGAUAGCCCUGGAUGAGGCCAGGGCACACGAGAUGUCCACCAAAGCGGCGGAAACCUUACACAAGCCGAACGCACAAAGUCCCUCAGCAAAAGCAACGCAGGUCCACAGCGAAGAGAUCCAGGCAGAAUGGGAAGAUGAAGAAGAGGAAGAGGUUUACCACACCGGGAGGCCGGAAAGAGGCGACCGUGACGAGUGCGUAAGUUGCGGAGGCCAACACCAACGACAGAAUUGCAGGUUCAAGGACGCAAUUUGUCGGCGGUGUGAAAAGAAAGGACAUAUAGCUCAGGCCUGCUGAGCCUCCCAACCUUCCUGCCAAAAAUUCAAACUGGCCAAUCAACAGGGCGCCGGUUCCGCGAAGCGGCCAGGGAUUGGCCAGUUCAAAAAAGGCGCGAAGUCGAAUCACACCACUGUGCGAGUGGGCCACGCAUCGACACGACUAGAAAAGAAAAUAUUCACUAAGACCAACAUCGAAGGAGUGCAGUGUAAAAUGGAGGUGGAUACCGGCUCAUCAAUCAUGAUUAUGUCCUGGGACACGAUCGCACGGGACCUGCCAAAAGUCGCAAAAUGACAGCUGCAACCCCAAAAGCUGAGAGUGCAAGACUACCAGGGAAACUGGAUCCCUGUUAAAGGAGCCACAAUGGUCAGAGUAAGAUAUGGACAAUUCAAGAAAACCCUGCCGAUCACCAUCAUUGAUGGAAGCCUGCCCAGCUUACUGGGACUGGACUGGUUUCGAGCCCUAGGAAUGGGCAUAACCGGGAUACACAGCAAUGGAGUCAAACUGAAGGACGAAUUGUUGAAGGAAUUUGAGGACGUUUUUCAAGACAGCCUGGGCAACUAGCUCAACCCCGAGGCGAUCGGAGGACUUAGCUGAGUCUGAAGAAGUCCAGCGACGCCAACCGGUUCCUCCAGAGGACAGCAGGGACGACUCUGCAAAUAAUCCAGGGCCGGAGGGCCCAGAGGAGGAGCUGGGAGGAACAAACAGUCCCUCCGACCAGCUCGACUCACUCCCAGGGAAUGAAUUGCGCAG